UAUCACCUGGUGAUCUUCCCCUAUUAAUCUCCGACUAUAUAGUGAUACUUUAGUACAAGACUCCCUUGAAUUCUGCCAAAACGUAUAAUAUCACAGUGAUAGGUAAUACUAUAAAGAGGUUCCAACUCCAGUCCACUUUCACUUGAAUUAAGUUAUUUUCUACCACACCCUCGUUUAAGCCAAUUUAUAAGCCAACAACAAUCAUGAGUUUGAGUCCACCAGCAAAUUUCUCUAGCAUUCUUUCACAACCUAGCUUUCCCAAAAGCAGCUAUAAUGUAAUUCUCCAACCCAGUCUAAUUGAGGGAAUACCAGAUGGGAUAGUUGCCUUGAUAGCACCUAUAGUUGCUUACUGGGUUUAUGCAUCAUUCUUCCAUAUUAUCGACGUUUAUGAGUUAGCAGAGAAGUAUCGUAUUCAUCCUAGUGAAGAAGAAGUAGCAAGAAACAAAGUGACAUUGCAUGAAGUUGUUAGAGAUGUGAUAUUUCAACAUUUCAUACAAACUAUUGUGGGUUACGUGGUGUAUAAAUUUGAUCCACCAAGAACUACUGGUCAUGAAUUGUUUGCCAUGUGGGAAAUCAAACAAAAGUAUGAGUUUUUACCUAAUAUCUUGAUCUACUACGGAUACAUGUACGGAACAUCGUUGCUCCGUCUAGUUAUUGCCAUUACUAUAAUCGACUCGUGGCAAUAUUGGUUGCAUCGUAUUAUGCACAUCAACAAGACUUUAUACAGAAGAUUCCAUUCAAGACAUCACAGAUUAUACGUUCCAUAUGCAUAUGGUGCUUUGUAUAAUGACCCAAUAGAAGGAUUUUUGUUGGAUACUUUAGGAACAGGUAUUGCUGCAUUAACUACUGGGUUAUCACCACGGGAAUGCAUAGUGUUGUAUACUUUUGCAACCAUGAAGACUGUGGAUGAUCAUUGUGGAUACAGAUUGCCCUAUGAUAUUUUCCAAAUGAUUUUCCCUAAUAAUUCCGUGUAUCAUGAUAUUCAUCACCAAAUGUGGGGAAUCAAGAACAAUUUUUCACAACCAUUCUUCACAUUCUGGGAUACCCUUAACAAUACCCAAUAUAAGUUUGUCAAUGAAUACAAAGAAUUGCAAAAUCAUAUAACUUUGACUAAAUACAAGGAAUUCUUGGAAAAGAAGACCAAGUCAAAGCAAAGCGAAGAAACCAAGAAAGAGGAAUAGGCAGAUUUGCUUUAUUUUUGUAUUUUUUUUUAAUUUAACCUGUUGGAUAUACGGAACACUGUAAGGUAGUGGUCCCCCCCCUUAAUUUAAUCUUAAUAAUGUGUUUAAUUUAUAGUGUUUAUAAAAAAUUAAUAGUUAAAGUAUUAGACAUGG